CUAAGAAAACAGCAGAGAGAGAUUCAGCAGUGGACACUCGGCCAGUGAAAACAUCAGCCAAAUCAGUGCAGGCAAGAGCUAAGUCCAAAGAUGAAACGGAUAGUAAUAGCAGUAGUGACUCUAAUAAAAACAUCAGUGAUCCAGCUUCCAAAACCGAUCGUUUCGCCUCUUCCAAGUCGAAAAAAUCGAUAAUGGAGAGCGAAAGAAGGUCGAAAGAAAGAGAGAAAGAGAAGGCACAAGAUGAAGAGAAGAUGAAAAGAGAGAGACAGUUAUUAGAUGAUGAGAGGAAGAGAUUGGAGGAAACCAUCAGGAAUCUGACAGAAAAACAAACUGAGCUCAUAAAUAAGUUACAUGAAGCUUAUGAUGGGACUGCCAGGCUAAAUGAACAGGGCACAUCUUCAGAUAAAGAACUGAUUAUCAAGCUGGAGCGUUUGCAAGCGGAGAGAGACACUUAUCAGAAGGAAUUGACCAAAAUUCGGGAACAAAUAUCGAACCUUGUCGAUUCAGGUGCAUCGAAUGAGCCAGGCUUGCGUAACCAGUCGCCAUCUUGUAUCCUACAGCGUCUAGUGACGGAGCGCGACUUUUAUCAGAAAGAAUUCAACCGACUCCAGAAGCAGAUUAGCAGCAAUGUGAACCCCUCCAGCCACGACCAAUCGGAUGUAAGUUGCUUCUGUUCAAGAAAAUGCGGCUGCAAAACUGUCAACCUGCAUGCGUUUACAUGACCGCCAUCUUGGAUUUUAAUCGAAACGAAAAUUAGAAAUAUGAGUUGUUGAAAUAAAGUUGAUUUGAUAGAA